AGCAUAUAUUCCCAAAAUUUAACGGAGAAGAAGAGUAUAAGAAUAAAGAAAACAAAAAAAACAACAAGAAAAUAGAGAAAACUAAGGAAAAAUAUCCAAAAACCAAUCUUUCGAAAUCUUGAAUUACCCAAUUUCUGUCGGAAUUUUUGCUUAGAUUUCCAUUUCAAUUCCAACCCAUUUUCAUACAAUUUCCAAGUACCCUUUACUGUAUUUUUCUUUUCCGGGGUACCCAAUCUUUCAGAUUUGUUCGUUGACUGGUACGAAAAUUGCUAUUUUCUUCAUCCGAUUUCUUGAGGGUUUUCCUUUUUAUUUGGAAGAAUAUAUUUACCUUGCGGAUCGGCAAAAAUUAGCUCUUCUAACACAGAAGAUCAGGGAGAACUCGAUAUUCAAAAAGAUUGAAAGAUAUGCAGAAUCAGUUGAUGUGUAGUGGGUGCAGGACAAUGCUUCUUUAUCCUAGAGGAGCUUCUAAUGUCUGCUGUGCAGUGUGCAAUGCACUCACCCCUGUCCCACCUCCUGGAAUGGAAAUGGCUCAACUGAUAUGUGGAGGCUGUCGUACAUUACUUAUGCAUCCACGUGGAGCGAACAGUGUGAGAUGCUCCUGCUGUCAUACGGUGAACCUUGUCCCAGGUCCUAACCAGUUUGCUCAUGUUUACUGCGGGAACUGCCGUAUGAUGCUAAUGUAUCCAUGUGGAGCUCCAUCGGUUAGAUGUGCAGUAUGCCAUUAUAUUACCAAUGUUAAUGCAGGAGACGGAAGAGCCCAUGCACCUUUGAACCCUCCUAAUGGCACUGCUACCCCUGCUGCAGGAUCCUCUUCAACUGCCAAGGCUCGUUCACAAAAUCAAACUGUUGUCGUCCAAAACCCAAUGUCUGUUGAUGAGAGUGGCAAAUUGGUGAGCAAUGUAGUUGUCGGUGUAACGACAACGUCAUAGCUUGUCGGUUAAGUUUGUUGUUGGACGACAAUUGAGAGUUUUGCUCGCAUCAAUUGGAAAGAUGAGUAUAAAGACAGCCACUGCAUAUAAAUAUGGUAGUGUUUAGUGUUGUUACUACAACCAUACCCCUAUUUUUUUAUGUAACAUUUUGAAUUAUGAUUGUGGGGUGAUUGAGGCUACAUUAAGUGUGGUGACUAUUUGGAGUCUCUAAUUGAUAACUACGCAUUAGAUUUGUGGCGUGAAUAUGCCCAAAGUCAUAAGUAAAGAAUGUUAUGUACCUUAUAUGCCAUAUGUUAAUGUAUAUGAUAUGACUAUAUGCCAUGAA